GACGAAGUCGGCAUCACAGUGAAAGUAUCUCUCGCAGCCCACAACUACAAAAGCAUCUGAACUACGAUACGAUGCUUCCAGAUCAAAUAUCGACUACUAUUACAAGGCAACAAAGCACGGAGCUUGUGUUCUUACUCAAACAACUCGCCACAACAACUCUGCUCCCUUAAUCGCAUACCCAUUACCUAGGUGCAUUGCGACAUGAUGGAUGACGCCUCGAAUAUGGACAACCCCGCUAAUCCUACAAGUCAGAAGCGACAGAAGAUGUCACUCUUCGACAACCCUCGCGCCCGAAAUGGCGGAAAUUCUACCUCCUUCGUGUCCACGUCCAACACUGGUAUUAUGGACACUACAUUUGGUUCUACCACAGACGAAGAAGACGACGAUACAGAACAACAAUAUCUCAACAAGAUGGUCGAUGACACCGAUAGGAAGGUCGAGACGGUAUUUGGCAAAGGCGUCGAUGUGUGGAAGUCUUUCAACGGUACUGUCUACGCGGACGUCAAUGAUGGGAUCAAGAGGCAGCGCCGCGAUGAAGAAAUCUGGGGCAAGAAAAAGGGGAAGAGGAAGCGCGCUACAACAGAGAAAGAGAAGGGAGGAGGGCAACUGGAACAACGUUUCGAUUCACUGCGAAAUUUAAAGUCGAUAUCCGGCUCUGGGUCUACUUCUACGCCCAGUACGUACUCCGAUGAUACUGUUUCUUAUCCUUCGCUACCGUUGAGUGAGGGAUAUCAGACAUCCUUUCCACGUACACCUACAGCCUCGGAGUGGGAGAUCUUCCCUGUGAGGCAGUCGCAAUACGACGAUUUCUCUGGCACGCUACUGGAAUACAAGUCUAUGAACAACUCUGAUUGGGCUAGCAAGCCCCUCUCAUCACACGCACCACGGCCCCAAGGCUUCCAGACUGCACGAACUACACAGCACCAGUCUACGUCACCACACUCGCAUCCAUCAAGCUCACGGCCACAAUCUAUUAUACCUUCGCCUCCUGCAGAUGUCUUCGGCAAUACGAUUGAUGGUACCCGCAGGAUUGUGUCCGGGUCUUUUGGUAGUUUCGACGGCGGACAAGUGGAUCGAUUUGUUGAGCGGAGGUACAGGCUACUACCAGAGCACAUGGGCAGAGCGGGAGGGAACAGCGGACUGGACGGAGACGGAGAUCGAGAUGGAAGGCCUGACAAGCUCAAGGGAAGACCUUGGCUAAGGAAGGGAUAGUCAGAAGUGUACUCAUAUAGUGACAGAGAUACUCUGUGUUUGAGACUAUGAAGACAGUGCCUACCAAGACAGGAGCAGCAUC